CCCGCCGUCUGCCAUAUUGAUCUUCGGCACACAGCUUGACUUCUCAAUAAUACUUAAUGAAAGUAAUGCUUUCAGAUUUUAUUUCGACGGGUAUAAAAAAGUGUACUCCCAACUACUCAGUUGUUAGCAACAGUCUGGAAGUCGAUAUUCUUUGGCUUCUUUCAGCGAACCUCCAGGACGAGUACGAGUAACCAACGAAAGCCCUUGCAAAAAUCUUCCAAGAAGAUGAAAACCCACGCCUUCUUGACAAAAAAAUACUUCGGGUUGGGGUUGGGGUGAAACUAAUACCGUAUUUUCGUCAUGAUCGAGAAGCAGAAAGGUAAGCGACACCACUUAUCCAUUAUCUCCACUUUCCUCUAUCAUUGGCACCUUAUCUAAUCACUACAAGAAUGGACAGAUACAUAUCAUUCUACUUCGUCAUCUUUUUAUUAAUUCAGAUCCUCGUGAGUUAUCAGGUCUCGAAUUUCCUUGAUUGUGCACCGAUCUUAGUAACUAAAGAUGCGAGACAAACUUUACGACAACGUCAAAUCGGAUCUGCAGUCGCUUCCAUUAGGGGAUCGCAGACUAAAUUUUUGUUGAAAGAGCCUCGAGGAAACGUAAUAAUCGAAACUGCUGCUGUUUCAGAAAGCGGAUCGCAGACUGCGCCUUCGACGAACAAACUUCAAGGAAAUUCUCAGGGUGUCAGUAAAGAAAAAAAUACCUUAUCGGAAUACCAGAAAUCGUUGAAGAAGCAUAAACAAUUGCUGGUUCUCCACGUAGGUCCUCACAAAACAGGUACAUCUAGCAUUCAGACAGCUCUCAACCGCAGCGGGGAAUUUCUAGAAAGAGAUAAUUACAGAUAUAUUGGGAAUAAUAACGGUGUAUUGAAUGUUAACGCAUGGAAUCACUGUGAUGAAAAAGAAAAUAAAAACUGCUUCAUUUCCUUGCCCUCAGAAGUAGGUAAAAUAUUAAAGACAGAGGAUCACAAUCUCGUGGGCUCUUCCGAAUAUCUCCGAAGUUUGAACGAUGUCGGCCGCCAAGCACUUAUUAACGCGACAACAAACAAAUGGAAUGUCAACGUCGUUAUGAGCUACCGUCGCCAUCACGAACUGUUGCCGAGUGUAUACAAUCAACGAUACAAGCUCUUCAGAAACAAUUCGAAGCUAACCCCUGGCCAUCACCACUGGCCAGGCGUUCGAGGCGACGUUCGAAUUCCGUCCUUCCCGGAAGUUCUUUCCACCUUGAUAGAGGAAGAAGACAUUUCCGUCAGAAGUUAUGACGCAUGGAGCAAAUUUUUCCCGGUCUCGAUCUUCAACACUCAUCAAGAGGGGGAUUUGGUUACAAACUUUGUCUGUCAAGUCGUCACCGGUGCCCGUCAAUUAUGCAGAAUUUUCGCCGAUGACUCCAAUGAAGCAUCCAAUACGUCAAUAAAUAAAUCCACGUCUUAUUUGGAUUGGGAUAUUUUGGGAGUUUUUGCCCACGAACAAGGUUUAGUCCACGAGCUCGACAACCGAUACAAGUUGGCCAAAGCUAUCGGGGCGUACAUUCGAAGAUCAAAUUUGAGACUCCCACUAGCAUGCCCCACAAAGGAAACGAUUGAUCAAUUGUACAGAACAUCAAUGAAAAUAGAGCUCUGGGCUACUUCAUUCGGGUCUCCAAAACCACUGACGAACUUCCAAACCAGCUGGGAAGAAACUCUUCAGAAAAUGAAAUUGUGCAGUGUGAAUGCAUCUUCGGCCCUUGAGCAGGAGGUUUGGAAAAACUUUUUCCAGCAACGCAUGUCAUCAAUUGAUUUUCGAGAAACCAAUGCCACUGCUGAGCUCUUAAAUUUGUCUUCUAACAUUACCCACCAGUAAGAAUAAUGCUGUUUGUGGACAAAUGGCUUGGUUGGAAUUGGAGGUACUGUAUUGUAUGAUACAGUACCAUGUGGAUACCAAAAUGAACUCCAUUGACUAGUAUGCCCUCCAAAACUUAAAGUAGUUACUGUACACAUUAAUGAAUAAAUCACUCAUCAAAAACUAGUAAUCUUAUGAACAUAUUCUUGUAUAAAAGUAGAUAUAUUGA